AUGUCUGCCAGGAAAAACGCCAAAGCUGCAGCAAACUCUGCGCGCAACGCCGCGACCGCUGUCGGUGCCGCCGGCGCUGCGGCUAUCAACGGAAACGGCCCAAAGAAACACUUUAGCAUGAUUCGUGGGUUCUACCUUGCCGACGCUGUCACUCUCUGCAACUCUGCAUCCGGAUCGACCUCCAUUUUCGCCUCUUUGAAGUAUGUGACAACCGGCAACAUGUGGUACCUUUACGCUGCCAUCCUCUUGCUCCCGGCCGCGCUUCUGUUUGACAUUUUCGACGGACGUGUCGCGCGGUGGUCGAAGACCUCCUCACCCAUGGGACGGGAACUCGAUUCCCUAUCGGAUAUCAUCAGCUUUGGUGUUGCGCCCGCCGUUCUCGGGUUUGCCAUUGGCUUACAAGGUCUCUUCGACGUGAUCGUUCUCCUCUACUUUGUGAACUGCGGUGUCUCUAGGUUGGCACGCUACAAUGUGACUGCUGAGUCGAAUGCUGAGGGAGGAAAAGUCCGAUUCUUCGAAGGCACGCCCAUUCCCACGACGGUGUCUAUCGCGCUGGGUAUCCUUUACCUCGUCAACACACAACAAUACGGAGAGGACAGCCUUCCUGGAGGCAAGCUCGUCUUGGGAGGGUGGACCUUGCACCCGUUUGUCCUCGUAUACGCCAUCAGCGGAACCCUGCAAAUCAGCAGGACCAUCAGGAUUCCCAAGCCAUGA